AUGGUGCAAUUAUUUCAUCAGAGAUUAAAGUAUUUUGAUUUUACCAACAUGCUGGAAAUUACUCUAUAUAUUUCAACCUUUUUAUACGUAAUACCCUGCAAUGAAUAUAAGAGUAGUUAUCAACGAAACUUUGGCGCAUUAGCUAUUCUGGCAGGGUGGUUAGAUUUAAUCUUAUAUGUACGAAGGAUUUCCUUCCAUGGAAUAUAUAUUAUCAUGAUAUCAACUAUGCUAAUAACAUUAUUUCAGGUUCUAAUAUUGGUAGUAAUUUUCAUAUUUGCUUUUGGAUGUGCCUUUAUGGUUCUAUAUACUAAAGAGGUUAAGACAGUUUUUAAAUCGAUGGCUGAUGCACUUUUUACUACUUUCCUAAUGAUGCUUGGUGAACUAACAAUCGAUCCGAAUUUAAGCAAUCUCAUCAAAGCACAUCCUGUUGGAGUGAUAGUCUUCAUCGUAUUUUGUUUAAUGAUGGUUAUUAUCAUUAUUAACUUGCUGGUCGGUUUAGCUGUUGGUGACAUCGAUAAAAUUCGUCAAAAUGCUGUUUAUAAACGCCAUAUCAUGCAAAUUGACCUAUUGAUCGAAUUGGAAGGUACUUUACCAGCUAGUUUAUUAAAAAGGUUUUAUAUUAGUCGAUUGGAACAGUUCCCAAGCGAAGAAAGUUCUCGUCUGAGCGAAAUAUUUACUGCCCUAUCACCGUUUUCUGCCGCUGAUCAAAACUUGAGAGAAAUUAAAUCUUUGCAUUACUUAAAUGAGUCUCGAUUAGACCUAAAUUUGGAUGAAGAAACAGCUUCGAAGGGCAUUACCAUCAAUAAAAAUAGUAACAAUGGUAGUUUACAGCAACAGAGUGUGGCAACUGAUAUAAAAGAAAAUAAUGGUAUUUUAAGAGGCGUCCAAAGCUUAAUAAGGAGAAAAUGA